GUUGUGUAUGCUAUGUUUAGUGAUGGUGUGGUGGUGGUGGUGGUGGUGGUGGUGGUGGUGGUGGUGGUGUAGUGGUGGUGGUGAUGGUGGUGGUGGUGGUGAGCGUGGGUAAGGGAUAUGAGGGAGGUUGCCGCAUAAACUGUGAGUAUAAACCAGGCGUAAACUGGCCUCUCUUUCUGCCUACCUCACCUUCCCCUUUUCCCCUCUUAAGCUGAUACGAGUUCGCGUGAACGAGCCCACUAUCGUGUCUGAGGCGACACAGAUACAGGCCGGCGCGCGGGAGAAAGAGUGAGAGAGAGAGAGAGAGAGAAAGAGAGAGAGAGAGAGACAACCCCGACCAGUCACAGUCUUCUCUGCAUCGCGUAACCAGACGACAUUGGGGCCGAGACGGCGGCACGGCAGUCGCCGUCAGAGUUUCGCGCGGUGCGCGCAGUUGUCAGUCCGACUUGGUAGGGAGCGGACGUGUACGUCGUCCUUUGCCUUCUCGCACUUACGUUCAAGAGAGCCGAUACAUUACACGUAUAUAUAUAUAUGUAUAUAUAUAUAUAUAUAUGUGCUGUAUAAACGCGACGCGCGUCGAUACCUGCAGCGAGAUAAGAAGCGCGAACGGAGAGAGAGGUCAAGUUCAUCUCUUCAUUCAGGUUGAUUUUUUUGGGAGAAGAGGAAAAUAGCCAUUGGUUUCCACUGGGAGAUUUAUUAUCCGUUCGGAGUGUAAUUACUAUAAUUUCUUCGAGUGUCGGUGAUACGUAUCGUCUCGCCGUAGUAAAGUUGUUGAGAUUCGUGUUAGGAGGACGUGACUGUUGUGUGACAGUCGACGUGGGACGUUGGACGAGAACGGGGAUAUAACCGCGUGCCGUACCCGUUUCUCAUUUCUCGUUCACGUAGUGGACGGCGUGUGGAGUCACGGAAAAACUGUCCAUGUAUAUAUUUGACUGAUCGUGCGAAAGUCGAGGGUAUCAAUAGAAUCGACAAAGUGGAUCGCUGUUCCAUCGUGAACUACAAAUCGACAGAACCUUUCAAAAUUGAUGUACUAAGAAGACAAAUUAUGGUGGCAGAAUUUGUCGCCCGUCAGAGUGGAUCGCCCAUUAAUGGUGAGACCGCGUGCCUGAAUAGCAAUAUACCGGCUACGCACACAAUGGCACACGGCGGCGGUCAUGGCGCGCCCCAUAGUGGGCCCCACGAUGCCCAUGGACCUCUCACGGUGCCCCUGACGCAUCCUGGUCAUCACGGCGGGCCGCCGGUCGCGAUCCAGCAGCAUCAACAUCAACCGCAGCAGCAACCGCCGCCGCCACCGCCGCCGCAACAGCAGCAGCAACCGCCGCAUCAUCACCAUCACCACCAGGCCCAACAGUCGCAGCAGCAGCAGCAACAGCAGCAUCAUCAUCACGACCCGCAGCGCAAGCAAAGAGAGUUCAUUCCCGACAACAAGAAGGAUGACAGCUACUGGGAUCGUCGCAGACGCAACAACGAAGCGGCCAAGCGGUCGCGUGAGAAGCGUCGUUUCAACGACAUGGUGCUGGAGCAGCGGGUGAUGGAGCUGAGCAAGGAGAACCAUAUCCUCAAGGCGCAACUCGAGGCGAUACGCGACAAGUUUGGCAUCUGCGGCGAGUCUGUCAUCAGUACCGAGCAUGUGUUGGCCGCGCUGCCAACGGAACCACCCAUCAGCGUAAAGCGGGCGAAACUUCCGGCGUCAGCGGCGCUCCUGUACGCUCGCACGCCCAGCCCGGUGCAUACAUCGGUGAUCCAUCAGCCGGUGAGUGGCGCCCGUUCGCCCAGAUCGCCCGCCUCACAGCUUUACGUGCCUGAGACGACCGCAUAUCCCGAGACCGAGAGCUUUCAAUACCCGUACUCGCAUCCAGCGAUGCACCACUUGGAUACCACGAGCGCGCUCAAUCUAUCGUCUCGUGGUCGUCGGGCACAAUCGCCAUAUGAACUCUCGUCGGGUAGCGGUGAUGAGGCCGGCGGUCCCCAGAUAGUCGUCGGCUCUCAAAACAAUCCGGCCGCCAACAACAGUCUGCCACAUAAGCUCAGGCACAAGUCGCGCAUCGGCGACAAGGAUGCCGCAAGCGCGCUUUUGGCGCUCCAAGGUAUCAAGCAGGAACCUGGACCGCGGGCAUCGCCGCCCUGGGAUAACGAAGGCUCGAGCGACGAGCGCGACUCUGGCAUUUCAUUGGGCGCCGAAUGGACUGGCCCGACCGUCACCGCUGUCUCGGAGAGCGACCGGGAAGUAAAGAUGAAGUUGGACCGUUUGGCGUCUGAGGUCGCGUCCCUGCAGUCGAUAUUUCGCCUUGGAAAACCGGUCUCGGCAGCGGCAGUAGCGGCAGCGGCGGCCGCCGCAGCGGACGGCUUGGUAACCGGACACUCUGCCGCCGCAGUCAGCGGGCCGUGAAAGACACGCGGCCCGCUCUUCUUUCGCGCAGGGAUAGCGCGAGAAUCCUCCUUUUCCCCUUGGCCGGGAUUCUUCAAAAUUGAGCGUGAAGAAAUCUACGUGGAAAUGUCGUCGUGACGACACGUAAGAAAAGACGGACCGUCACGGAGGCUGAUGUCGUGCCGAGCUGGGAAUAUCGUCGAUUGAUUGGAAAGAGACUUUUUAACAUUUAUUUAAACACGAUUGUAAGGAAUUCUUGCGUUUGUGGAUGGCAACGAAAGCAGAUAGAUAGAAAUCGCGAUUAAUCUUCGAACAAUCGAUGACAAUAUUCGAGACAAAAUUUGUCUUCUAAAACUCAAUUCUUUUAUGCAGUGAUCACUCUCAUCUCUAUUUUGAUAUAUAUUAAUUUCAUCCGAUGCGUAUUAAUAAAAUAUUGGUAGAUAAAAAUUGAUGAUUCCUUAAUCAUAUGUAAGUAUGCCAAUAUCACAAGAUGAAAAAAAAUUUCGCCAAGUUUUAUCGAGAUGAGACAAGAUAUAAAUCGUAGAUAAUUUGCAAUUCCCGAAUACUAUCAGUCUGCUUGAGACAUCCUGAACUGAUAAUCAGAAGUCUCGCCUGUGAAAUUUUAAUCCCUCAACCUGUAGAUCGUAUUUUCCUCUUCGAUGAAAAAAAAAAAAAUAUAUAUAUAAGUUAUUACGAUACAGGAAAGACAUUUAGUCGUGUUCGUUUAGAAUUUCCGAUCGAUCUACCGGUAGAAGGACUUACAGGCAUUCUUCGCUCUUGAUCCUGAAACGAAGCGGAGUUAGGAAUUAAGAAUUGAUGCGAUACCUAUAGUGUUGUAAGGUUGUUACGUUAUAAAAGUCCCGUAAACUAAUAUCGUUCUUAUAUAUUAUCAUUAACUAGACUUUUCUCGAUUCGAGCAGUCAGUUGUAUCAAACUAAGUAUAAUCGGUGAAUUCUGGCGGAUACCACCGCCAUUCAAACGAAGCACUAUCUAACAUGUGAGUUACUCACCGAUUCGCGCAACCGGCUAUCUCACUACCAUUGGAUAUUCAUAAUACAAUUUAUUCCAGAGUAUGGGAUUAUUUCUUCCUCUUCUUUUUCGUUAAACAUCUGCAUCGUCAUAUUGUCAUCACUAUUUUAUUCAUAUGUCAAGCGAUGAGCAACGAUGACUUUGCAUAGUGGAGCUUUAAGGCUAGAUUUUUCAAUAUAUUGGAAUUAUUUAUUUAUUGCUAAAAAAACUUUGUUCACUGUUAAUCGUCAACAUUAAUCCUAUAUUAUAUAUAUAUAUAUAUAUAUAUAUAUAUAUAUAUAUAUAUAUAUAUCUGUAUGAUUUAUCUUGAAAAUGUUUGGAAAUUUUAUAAGCAAUAUUUACGUAGAUUAUUUAGAGAUUUAAAAUAUUUAUUUCAAUUUCGUCUUCUAUUUCUUUUCGCUUCUCGAAAACUAAAAUUUUAACAAAGCUUCACUAGUCUUGGAAUUUGUUCUCUUUCGAAUCACGUAAAUACUUGAUGCGAAGGAGGAAGAAUGACGAGGUUGCGUUUCUUUAACAGUCGCGCCGAAUUUUCAUCGACGUUUUCUCACGAUUAUAUAUGUUGCCUCUUAUUUUUUAUACUUUUGUUAUCGAAUCACUACGGUAUCAACAUAGCGUGUCUGUAUAUAUGUAUAUGUAAAGAAAAGGAAAAGUGUAUCUAUGUUACAAACGGAGACGAGAAACGCCAAUAUUGAUGUAUAAUAGAAAUGCAGAAAAUUCUCUCGAAAGAUGGAAUUUUAUGCAUAUUGAAGUAUUAAGCGAGCCUAUAAGUGUAUGUAACAUAGGAUAUAUUUGCAAGAGUGCGUGCGUGCGUGUGCAUGUGUGUUACACGCACGAAUAUAUACAUAUAUAUAUAUAUAUAUAUAUUUUUUUUUUCAGAUUGAUGUAUUUUUCGAUAUCGUCAUUGAAACUAGUUAUAACGCGUAUACAGUGCUUAAUUGUGUCGUCGCCGAUUCGGAAAGAUACUCGAUACAAGAUAACAGAUUCGAAUAGCGGGAAUCGUGUGAAUCGUCGAAAUCACAACUAGAAGUGUGAUCUUUCCCAAAAGCGACGAAGUGACAAAUGAAAUGAUAUGUCUUGUCUCGACGACGAUAAAGCGAGUAAUCGGCAGACAAGUCGACGACGCGAUCGUGGAGAAGGAAUUGGCGAACUAGUAUCCAACUCGAUCAACUGUUUAUUUUUACCACAUGUGAUAAAGUAUGUGUAAAGCGAUAAAGGCGCGAAUCGACGUUAAUUCGGGAAUAACCGUAAUACAUAUAUACAUACAUACAUUUUAUAUAUAUAUAUAUUGAGAAGAGGCAUCUCUAUUUAUUGUAUAUUAAUCAUCUAUGUUAUGGCGGAGCGAACGACGACGAGGAAAUUGGACGAGCGAUUAUUAAGAGCCACACAAAAGUAGAAACGUUUCACUACGCCGUAAGAUUGUUUAUUGUAUUGCGAUAUCGCUCGCGAAUAGUUCUCGUUUAUAUUCCUCUCACUCCCGUAUCUUUUACAUUACUUCCUUUAGCGUAAACGUUUUUAUAUUUUAUACGAUAUGUUUGUGUGUAAAACUCCGCGAUCGGUGUCAAGAAUAUGACAGUUUUCCCGCGGAAAAUCUAAUUGUCUAAUUGUCAACUUUCAAUUUUUUUGGGCUUAAAAGUGUACACACAAAAGUGCAUAAAUAAUGUUAAAUAUUAAAUAAUCAAUAAAUGUUCCGAAUCAUCGUCGCCGAGCUCCAAUGUUAGAAGAAAAAAAAAAGGACGAAAUUUGUCAACAACAUAUUGUAUCUCACAGUCGCGUCACUCGCUAAAAUACCGAGAGUGCCUGUAACAACCGAAUCAUGUGCAUUUUUUGCCGUGACUUAUUACUAAUUGCUAAUUUGUUGGGAUUAAAAAUUUUGACAGCGAGAAAAGAAAGUAUUGUAAACGUGUUGUCUUCUAUCGUUAAUUAACGAGCGUCCACAAUUUUUCGCAAUCAGGACGAAAUCUCGACAUGAUUUCAGAUUUAAUUCUUCAUGCACAUAAGCGCGCGCGCACACAUACACACACCGAUUAUUCGCGCACGUUUGCCUCGCUCGCGCCUCAAAUGAUUACGACGAGAGCCGAUAUAUUAUUAUUACAAAUUGUACAUACAUCGCACCUUUUUGCCAAAAAGCAGUUACGAGGAUCGCUGGAACAUCGGCCGGAGAAGGAAUGACAUUUUCAUCUUCCCACCCAUUUUCCCUUUUCUUUCACUUCCUUCUCUUCCUUUCCAUUGUAUUCCGUUGAAAUCGUUUGCGCGCGUUUCGAUUACAGUUCCUAUGCACUAUAUUAACGAUAAAACAAAGGCGAGGAUCGUUAACCCGUCGUCAAUUUAUGAUAAAAAACUGUAAUUCCAACCAAUCUGAUAAGUUUGGUUCUCCUUUCUCCGGCUGUUCGGAGAUGUAAGUAUUUAGAUUUUAAGGGACAUAUCCGCAGCGCGUGUAGUGUACUUGUAUAUGAAUACCGAUAAAUAAAUAUUUUCAAUGUUUUUGACAAAA